AUGGAUUUACUUAAAAUUUUAGAUACCAAGCCCGUGCCUGCAAUUGUAGAUGCACGCAUACUAAGUGCAUCUGAUAAUACGAGUGGAGAUUAUUGGCUGCCAACCACUAUGUGUCUUUAUCAGAAGGAACUUACGGAUCAGAUUGUAUCUUUACACUAUUCUGAUAUACUUAGGUAUUUUGAAACUAAAAACUACAAAGACGACGUUGUUCUACAUUCUAUGGAGACUUUGUGUUUGAAUAGUGGAUAUGUGGCUACUCAUCCUUAUCUUUUAAUCGAUCACCAUUUACCAAAAUCUUUAAUCACAAAGGAUAUUCCUGGACAUUUAGCGGAAACUAGUGGUAAAUUUACUGUUCUUAGAGAUUUGAUAAACUUGGUACAAGAAUAUGAAACUAAUACGGCUAUUGCAUGUCGUCCAGGUAGAACAAUGGAUCUUUUGGAAGCUUUACUUUUGGCAAAUAAGGUUAAUAUUAAGAGAUAUGACGGACAUUCGAUCAAGUCUAAGCAAAAAUUCAAGAAUUUUUCAUGCACAUGCCACCUGUUUCCCUCUGAAGGUUUAGAUUUAGUUAACUAUCCAUUGGAGGUUGCCAAUCAAUUCGAUAUGUUAAUUUGCCUUGAUACUUCUGUGGAUACAAAUGAUCCCAACAUUCAAACGGUUUUACAACAUGCAAGAGAUCGCAAUAGUGAGGAGUCUAGAGCUCCCAUCGUAAGAUUAAUUGCUAUUAAUUCUGUCGACCACUGUGAACUAUAUUUUGAGAAAUUGCAUGAUAGAAAAAGUAGAGAAUUUUUGGAAAGCGUUACCGCUGCAGUUGUAGUCUUAAGAGACAGGGUAGGAACUCUGCCGCCAGAUCUAAGGCCUAUCUAUGCCCAAAACGUGAGAUACCUUAUGGAUUGGUUGGAAGACCCAAGUAUACCUUGGCCACUACCAGAUUUGUAUGCGAUUAAGAAAUAUACGCCUAUGGAUGUUGAAAAGUCACUACUCACUGAAGUUCACUACAGCCAGAUUGAGGACGAACUGGAGGCAGCUUUCAGCACGGGUAAGAAGCGCGUACGUACAAGAGGUGAUAAGGAUAAUGCUAAAGUUGUUGAAUCAAGUUCUUUUUAUGAUGUUAAAAGGUUGAAAAACGAUUAUUCUACAAAUCCUAUAAAGCAAGAUAUGGGCCGUAUAACAGGGAUUGCUGAUUACGUGGUCAUGUCAAACAAUUAUCAUUUAUCAACGGGAAUUAUCACCCAUAAAUUAAUUCAAUCCAUUGGUCAAACGUAUUUGUACCUCAAGUUACAACGUGAAGAAAUGGCCUUUUAUGAUAACCUGAAUGAUAUUCAAGAAAGACGUAAAAAACUCUACCAAGAUGAAGAGGCUGCCAUUGAAAAGAAAUUCAAAGAUGUAAAUUCACGUCAUUUGGAAAAUUUAAAUUCUUCAGCGGCAUUAGAAUCUUCCAAUCAAGUCAAGAUGGAUACCAUUGGGAUGAAGGAGAAAGCAUUGGAAGAGUUGCUACAAAUAUUAGAUGGCGAUCGAGAUAAAUAUAAAAAUAUGAAAGAGUUGUUUCUGGAACGUAGAGAUCUAGAGAAUGAAAUUUCCAAGGAGGAAAGGUUAUCUAGUUCCAAAGAAAUGGAAAGAGAAUAUAUGGAGAAAGAAAUUGAUAGGGCCACUAAGGCCAUACAAGAUAUGGAAACAGAAAUGAAAGCCAAAACUUUAGAGGCAGAAGAAUUGCAAAGGAAAAUGCUGCAAGCCGCUGACAGCACUAACCAUCAGAGAGAUGAAGUUUUGGAAAGGAUAACGAACCUUAGAUCACAAAUUGGUUCAGAGAAACUCAACCAUGAGGAGUUAGGAGUAAAAGUUGGCGUAGUUACGGAGAAGUUAAAUAAGAUGCAAACGUCCAGAGUGCGAUUGGCUAAUAGUAAAAGCGGCACGGGCAGACGCAUGAAAUGA